AAGAAUGUUGAAGAGUAAAACGUGGCAGUUUACAGCCAUAUUAAUGCUUAUAUCUGAUUGGAGUCAGUGCAUCAAGUCACAAGAAUUUACAGUGGAUCCUCCUGAGAACGUUGGGAUUGAUGACCCUGGCCACCUCGGGCCACUCUACAUCCACUGGACGGCUCCAGCCAGCCUGACCAACUUGACUGCCUGCUCCAUGAGAUACCAUCUGGAGUACUUCAACACAUAUCAGAGCAGAUGGACUGUGAUCAGGACUGUACGGACAUGGUACCGUGCUCAGUUUGACCUGGAGAAGGAGGUCAGGGUGCGGAUCUCCACCUUACUGAAGGGAGCCUGCACCAACGGCACUGAGCUCAAGAGCCCCUUCACAGAGAUGAUCCUGCCACCCAAUAACACAGGCCCAGUUGGCUCCAGGGUCCAGGGGUUUGGCUGCGUGUUUUAUCAGAAGGAGUUCAUGGAGUGCACCUGGGAGACGGGCUUGGAGGAGCCAGCCCACUCCCAGUACAGCCUGUACUUUUGGCAUCGGGAGAUGGAGCAAGCUGAGGAGUGUCCUCAGUACAUCCACUCCAAUGGGGUCAGGACUGGCUGCAAAUUCACAGAGGAAUCGCUCUCAGAAUUCAGUGAUUUCAACAUGUGCAUAAACAGCUCCUCUCCCAAGGUGGUCUUGAGGUCGGCGUUCUUCUCCCUGCAAAUUCAGAAUUAUGUGAAACCUGCAGCCAUUGAGACAGUGCAUCUGGAAGCUAGUCCAGACAGGAGGCUCCAGGUGCAGUGGGACUUGCCCAACGAGAGGAUUCCCAGGCACUGCCUUGAGUAUGAAGUGGAAGCCAGAGAGGAGGGCGUAGGCGGGCAGCCUUUGUUGCAGAGGAACGUAACCAAUGAGAUGAUGCUGACUUCUCUCUCAAUGGAUGGUGCCCAGAGGAAGUGCUUCCGGGUCAGGUCUAGGAUGCACCACUACUGUGCUGACAGAGGCUUCUGGAGUGACUGGAGCUGUUGGUCCUGUCACUCAGAUACAGAGUCAGAUGCUGUAGUGGGCUGUGCCGUGGUCAUCGGGAUCAUCAUCUCUAUGUUGAUCCUGUCUCUGUUUGGGUGGGCACUAUGGAGAAAGUGGAAAGCCAGAGAUGGGGAAAUGAUGCCUUUCGGUCCCCUGCACAAACUGAUGGAAUAUUCCAAAGGAGUCUCUGCUCGCAGUCAUUUCAAUAAAACAAGAGAGAACCAGUAGUAUAGCCUUUGCAAGCAUUUCCUUUGGGCAGACAAAUGAUAAAGAGAUACGAGUUAGACAGGUGUUCACACUUAUUUGAAACACCCAUGCAAACAUGCUCAAACACACGCAAGCACACACCCACGCACAGACACAAAAUGAGGAUGAGACAGUAAAGCAGUGUGUAAAUUCAUAUUCAAGACAGAAUUGUAUUGACUUGUAUGCUGGUAUUCAUCUCUUAUGUAUCGAUAUGUUACUCAGUAGAAUAUGAAGUGUUCUUACCAAACCAUUUACGUAAUGUAAAACUCCAGGUUUUACGUUACACAGUAUAGACUUAAAAAAUGCCAUAGCUCUUUCCAGUUUGUUUACUUUCCACAUGUCUUUCAUUUAUAUCACAAAGUAUACUUAUUGGAGUCGGUUUUUGUAGUUUUAGUUUGAUGCCAUUGCAUCCAGUCGAAUGUAUCUUUUAAGUGCUUUGCAUAGAAUUCCCCGACCUGUUAAAAUUUAAUGCAUUGAAUGGUGUUCAACUAAUGUUAUGUUAUGUUUAAUACAAUUU